CGUCACAUGUUGACGUACGACUAGUCGAUGCUAACGAGUUUGACGAAUUUUGAAGUCAGAGACAAGACCCAAAAGGCAUUUAAACGACUGUUCUUGAUCUUUGUUGCUAUGUACCCCGAAAUAAUUUAAUAAAGUAAUAUUUAUUGGAUGAAAAGUUUAUUAAUAUUUGUAUUAGUUGCGAUAAGCUAAUUUAAGCUAAUGUAGCAAGCCCGUUUGCUAGCCAAGAAGAGUCUACAACUGAUUGUUGGCCAUAUCUGCUUAAACAAACAACAGAGGCGAGCUUAACGGAGCUCCAGAUGCGGCUAAAAGAUCCUUUUUCUUUGAAAGCCGCCGAAAUGACUAAGCGGACUAAUAAGCCGCGGAAACCUCGAGAUGAGGAGUCAUCAGAUGAAGUCAGCGGACUGACCUGCCAACACGUGAAUAAAGCAGUGGACCUGAGCUCAGUGAAGAAGUCAGUCCUCUCCAGCAUGUGGUCCAUGUGCACCGACUGCCUGAAGGAAAGGACGAUGAUCGACGGAGAGCCAGCAGCGUCCCACGACAUCUUAGUGUGCUUAAAGUGCGGUUUUCAAGGCUGUAACCAGUCAGGGGUCCAGCAUGCCAUCAGACAUCACCAGGCUUUUCAUCCGGAGUCACACUGCAUCACAAUCAGCCUGAUCACAUGGAAGGCCUGGUGCUUUGAAUGUAACGAGGAGCUCUCCACUCACUGCAACAAAAAGGCUUUGGCUCAGACCCUCGACUUUUUACAGAAACACUCAGUCAAGACAGCGUCUGCAAUAUCACCCAAGAUCAUCAAGCUGCGAGAAGAAGCUUCAGAUUACCCUGACCCAUCCAGAGGAAAGAGUCCAGUCAUUAACAGCACUUUGGUCCCUGUGAAAGGAAUAACUAACCUGGGAAACACAUGCUUCUUUAAUGCUGUGAUGCAGAACCUGUCCCAGACUCACAUGCUCAUUGACCUCAUCCAGGAAGUGAAGGAGAAGGGCCACAAACAGAAGAUCUGUCCACCUGUCGAGACCAAUUUGAGUCCACUGAUCGCUACGCUCCCCGGUCCUGAGCCCCUGACUGCAGCGAUGAUUCUCUUCCUGCAGAGCAUGAAGGAGCCGGGGAAAGGCCCCAUCAGUCCAAAAAUCCUCUUCAACCAGCUCUGUCAGAAAGCUCCACGCUUUAAGGGCUACCAGCAACAGGACAGUCAGGAGCUUCUGCACUACUUACUGGACUCCAUACGGGUAGAAGAAACUAAAAGGGUGAAAGCAGCCAUUUUAAAAGCGUUCAACAAUCCCACAGAGAAGACGGCUGACGAGGAGACUAAACGCCAAGUCAAAGCGUACGGAAAAGAAGGUGUGAAGAUGAACUUUGUCGACCGUAUCUUUGUAGGCGAGCUCACCAACACCAUUAUGUGUGAAGAAUGUGAGCAUAUCUCCACAGUAAAGGAAGCCUUCAUAGACAUGUCUUUACCCAUCAUAGAGGAGAGGAUAUCAAAACCAUCCUAUCCCGGUCGCCUGGGAAAGGUCAUCCGGGAGCAGGACAGCCUUGCGGCUCACAACGAGCAGGUUCUGUCGGCAGCAAGCUCGGUGAACAGGAACGCCCGGAAGCUGAGCGGACCGAAGCAGCUGAACAGGAAGUCCUCCGGCUCCGUGGAGGAGAAGGGAGCAGCCUGCAGCGCUGAGCGACCAGAAGAAGACGGGGUAGCUGGCGGGUCAGCUCGUGGCAUCUUGGUUAGUAAGAUGGCGGCUGCUGGCAGCCUGUCGGACGGCAGCGAAAGAGAUUCUGGUGCUCACGACAGCAGUAAUGAUGCUGAUAGUGAGGCCUCCGAGAGCGAGUGGGCCCCUCGCGCCUCCAGCCACGGACACAUGUCCACUCUAUCUUCCGCAUCCACCCUCAUUCCAUCCCCUUCCUCAAUCUCCUCCUCAUCCCCCUCCUCCUCCUCCAAGCAGGGUGGUGCUGUAGAGCAGCUAGCUACUGCUGUUUCUAAAGCCAGUCUGGGAGAUGUCUCCACUUCCACCCACUGUUCUUUUGAGGAGCAGGGAGAGACUCAAACCCGGGAUAAUCUGCACCACCUAGGAGCCUUCCAGGCUCUGUCCCACAGUUACACCCCCGGCUCCAAAGAGUGCUCCAUCCAGUCCUGCCUUCACCAGUUCACCUCCGUGGAGCUGCUGAUGGGAAACAACAAGCUGCUGUGUGAGAGCUGCACCGACCGCAGGCAGAAGCAGCUGCGCAAAAGCAACUCAGCAGACAAAAAGGUGGAAAAGAUCUACACCAGUGCUAGAAAGCAGAUGCUAAUUUCCUUGCUUCCUCCUGUCAUCACAUUGCAUCUGAAACGCUUCCACCAGGCAGGAAUGAACCUUCGGAAGGUGAACCGCCAUGUUGAUUUUCCUCUGAUCCUGGAUCUGGCUCCGUUCUGCUCUGCAUCCUGUAAGAACCUAGCAGCCGGCGAGCGAGUCCUGUACAGCCUUUAUGGGAUCGUUGAGCACAGCGGCUCGAUGCGCGGAGGCCACUACACGGCUUACGUUAAAGUGCGAGCACCUCAGAGGAAGACAGAACCACGUCACAAGAACCUGUCAGGUGCAAGAGAAGUUGGCAACAGCUCCCAGGGCCAGUGGGUGUACGUUAGUGAUACCACUGUUCAGACGGUGCCAGAGUCCAGGGUGCUCAACUCUCAGGCAUACCUGCUGUUCUACGAGGAAAUGCCGUAAUAAAAUGAGUGAAAGUAUUUUCCUUUCAUACAUGUUCUUGUUUCUAAAAAGCCCCAACAGCUGUGCUCACUGUCUUCUGGAGACUAGAAAAGGAAAUACCUCACCCACAUGACUUACAUGUAUUAACAUGUGUUUAAUGCAAGGAGAGCAAAAAAAAGAAAGUAGGAGUGAAUUUUUAGCUUAUUUUUAGCUCCUGUUUCACUUCCUAAUCCUGCCCUCCAGGAGUAAAGGUAGGUAUUAAACCAGAGCUGAUUAACAUUUUCCAUUUAUCCCUGUCGGUCUCUGCUGCUGAAGAGAAGAAAUGCAUGAUGGAGUUUGCUGCGGUAUCUGAAAACAAGCAGAAUUGUUGCCUGACUGCACUGAGCUCUGACUUGUUGAUGUCAGUUGUGUGUGUGCGUGCGUGCGUGUGUGUGGGACAGACGUGAAUAAAGCUGAAAGGUGAAUCGGUUCAGCCCGUCAGUCUUUACAUAUCAGUCAUCAGGUUCGUUUCUGGUUGUUCGGUUGAAUUUUCAGCAAAAAUGUUCAAAUGAAAGUUUUUCAUGAAACACUGAUGAUGAAUUAGUUUACUGAGUGAACACAAAUCACCAUUUAUUGGAAAGGUAAUCAUCAGCGUAACCAGAAGGAUCAUAGAUCAUAGACUCUGGUUAGAGGUAUUGACUCGUGUUUGUCUCUUGUUUGAAAGGCACCGCUCUAUAAUGAUUGCAUCUGAUAAUCAGAAAUGUUGUCUAAAAACAGACACACAUGAAAAUCUGCUCCUCGAAAAGCGUUUCGUGUGGAGACUAAAUUAUAUUCAGAGAAUCACACAUAUCAGAACGGCCCGAUAUCACACGUGGCUACGUUUAGUAUUUAUAUAUAAUACUGUAACAAAAUACACACACAACAGCAAAAACAGCCACAUAAAUGUUUACACAGUGCACCUUUUAACUGCUGCACAGGUUUUGUUUUUCUCAUCUACAUCAGAAUGUAAAGCAUGUUAAAUUAUCAACAAAAGGUAUUUGCCAAAGAUGAUUUUUGUGAGUCGGAGAAGACUUUAUCGUGCGUGACCUCUUGAGAAGAGUUUACUUUAGGUGUGACUGAACAAACUAAAAAACAAAUGAUGUUUAUUAAAUCAGCGAAGCACCAAGUCUGCCUUCGGUUUGGUUUUGGUUCAGCUGGAGCUGUAAAUGCACAAAAAAGAUGGUUGACAAUGAAGAAGCACUGCAGCAGGUUGUUUCUAAACACGAUGUAUUCAAUAAUACAUGAAAAAGAAAGCUAUGAGCUAAAAUAAACUGGGGUUUAUGUUUUAAUGAAUGUCUUGUUUAUUGUGGGAAAUUGCAUCAGUCUUAUUUUUCUGCUGCUGCUGCGGGAGGCUUCAACAGAUGGAUCAUCUUGUAUUUAAAAGGGAUCAAUUUAGUGCCUCUGCUUCAGGAUUAAGACACCUGUGUAUGGGUGAGGAUGAAAACAUAAUCUGAGUCAAGGGAAGUGUGUGCUUUCUUAUGUACAGUACAGAUUACUGUAAACAAAAACCAUCGGGAUUAUGGGUAAUUGUAUAUAAUAGACAAAAUAAAGUCAUGGUGCUUCAGGUGUGAACAUUUGUUUCCAGAAACGUAUCGAAUCAAUUCUGUUCUGCACUAACAAAUGUUUUGGAAUGAGAAUAAAACAUUGUAUGUGAAUAAAAAAUAUUUCUGAAAGUGCA